GUGACGUCAGCUCCUUUUUCCUGCUACGAAGCUAGAUAAACAAACAAAAGCAAGACAUUAAAUUAAAUAUAUUUACGAAUCUGAGGUAAUUUUGAUUAAUUAUUAUGUAAAGAUAUGUCUACCAGGAACGCUGUGUUUUCGUGAAUCCUCUAUUAGUGAAGGCAAAUAAAGGUUAGCAUUGAUUUUAGCUGUCUGUCUGUAGUUAGCUUCGUUAGCUCGUGAUGUUUGUUUUACUUCUUGGACGAAACGACAUGAAGAAGAUGAAGAAGCAGUGUUAGCAUCUGCUGCUCAAGAUUGUGAGGUCGUUGGAAACUUGGCACCGGUUUUAACCCGAACUGCACCCCGUACAAUCUCGCCAUCAUGGCGUGGGCUCUGAAGCUUCCUCUCACGGACGAGGUGAUCGAGUCCGGGCUGGUGCAGGACUUCGAUGCGAGUCUGUCGGGCAUCGGGCAGGAGCUCGGGGCGGGGGCGUACAGCAUGAGCGAUGUCCUCGCCCUCCCCAUCUUCAAACGAGAGUCCAACCUUCCUCCGGACAACGAAAACAAGAUCCUCCCCUUUCAGUACGUUCUUUGUGCCGCUACCUCUCCAGCCGUCAAACUGCACGAUGAAACCCUCACCUACCUCAAUCAAGGGCAGUCCUAUGAAAUAAGGAUGCUUGACAAUCGGAAGAUUGGGGAACUUCCGGAAAUCACUGAUAAAAUGGUUAAGAGCAUCAUCCGAGUGGUUUUUCAUGACCGCCGGCUGCAGUACACGGAACAUCAGCAGCUGGAGGGCUGGCGCUGGAACCGACCCGGGGACCGCAUCCUGGACCUGGAUAUCCCCAUGUCUGUCGGCAUUAUCGACCCUCGGGCAAACCCCACUCAGCUCAACACUGUGGAGUUCCUCUGGGACCCCUCGAAAAGAACCUCGGUUUUCAUCCAGGUACACUGCAUAAGCACAGAAUUCACGAUGCGUAAACACGGAGGAGAGAAAGGUGUUCCUUUCCGGAUCCAGAUCGACACGUUUAAGGAGAACGAGAACGAAGAGUACACUGAACACCUGCACUCUGCGUCCUGCCAGGUCAAAGUCUUCAAGCCUAAAGGAGCCGACAGGAAGCAGAAGACAGACCGGGAGAAGAUGGAGAAGAGAGCGCCGCAGGAGAAAGAGAAAUACCAACCAUCGUAUGAAACCACCAUUCUGACAGAGUGCUGCCCCUGGCCUGAGGUGUCGUACGUCAGUAACUCUCCGUCUCCGGGCUUCAACAACAGCUUCCCCGUCGCAGAAGGAAAUGGAUCCCCGACCCACCAGCCCGAGCCCGUCGUGCAGGUCGCUGAUGUAAGUGCACCUCCGUGCUCGCUCGAGAAUCUGUUACCCACUGCCACGCCGCAGGAUGCUCAGCAAUGGCUUCUAAGAAACCGCUUCUCCCCCUUCUGUCGGCUCUUCACCAACUUCUCAGGAGCCGACCUGCUGAAGCUGACCAGAGAGGAUGUGAUUCAGAUCUGUGGACCGGCUGAUGGGAUCAGACUCUUCAACGCUCUGAAGGGACGGGUGGUGCGUCCCAGGCUGACGGUGUACGUCUGUCAGGAGUCUCAGCAGGCGCGUGAGCAGCAGCCCAAACACGAGAACGGAGACGCUGCUGCUAACACUUUCUUCGUUUAUCACGCCAUUUACCUGGAGGAGCUCACGUCCUCGGAGCUGACGGAGAAGAUCGCUCAGCUCUUCAACAUCUCGCCCCGACAGAUUAAUCAGAUCUUCAAACAGGGACCGACCGGCAUCCACGUUCUGGUCAGCGACGAGAUGAUUCAGAACUUCCAGGAUGAAGUUUGUUUUGUUCUGGACACCAUGAAAGACGACUCGAAUGACGGUUACCACAUCAUCCUGAAGUGAACGCCCGGCAGGAGUUCUUCAAUCCCGGUCCGAGCUUCGGAUUCCUCGACGCUCCUGGAAUAUAUCCUGUUUGCCAUCUCAUUGAGACCUGUACCGAACCCGGAAAUGUAAAGUACGGGUCCCCAGCACAUAGAAACUGCAGGAUGCUAACUCGCAUAUGUUGGGUAAUUAGCAUAUUUAGCACAAGUUGCGUUAAUUCGCAUAUGCAGACAGUAGUUUAAGAAGCUGAUUUCUGACAAUUUAGGAGGUUAUUGAGGGGGUUGAGUCCAUUUCAGCCCACCAGGACUACAAAUAUGGCCACUUUCUGGAUCAUAAAUGGCAGUUUUAACCAGGAAGUGGCCAUAUUUGUAGUCCUGGUGGGCUGAUCAUGACACAUUUUGGGUCUAUUUAAAGUUUAAAUGGACUCAAAAAAGCCUUUUUGAACCUUUUUAAAGGUCAGAAAUUGAUUCAGCAUUCUCCAUAUACCUCAAAAUCCUCACCCAAACUGCCCAAAACAGCCAACACAUUGUUUAGCUAUUGUCUGCAUAUGCUAAUUAAUGCUACUUUUGCAAAUUCACCAACAUAUGCAGGUUAGCAUUUAUCAGUUCCUAUGUGCUGGGCCCCGUACUAUACAUUUCUAGCAUAAAACCUUCGGGUCCUCAACAUUUCUGGGUUCACACUGCUGGCAACAACACGAAUAAGUGGAGGACGCCUCGGGAAAACAUCUGGAGGCUGCAGCUGAAGCCCCCCUGCCCUCUCCUCACUUUACCUUACUGUCUUACUCCUGAGGUAGUGACUGUGCAGUGAUCUGCUCCAGACCCUGUCUCCCUUUUUAGAGGUCGCUUUCUCCUCUGUCGCUUCUUAUCAUGAACGGGGUUAUCGGCGAUACAGCUGCUGAUUCAAGGUUAGCCGAGCAUCUGGUGUGCCAAAACUGUACGCUUCAAACAACACCCAAAAUAAGGAAAAAGCAGCAAAAGAAUAUUGAUUGAAUGCGUGAUUUCUGAGGUCAGUCUGCAGGAAACAUGGUGUCACAGUAAGGACUUUAAGAGAAGCUGAGGCUAACAAAGUAUUCUUCUGGUUUUAUCUGUUACUUUGGAGAAAGAAAAUACUUUUUCCUGACUUCUAGGUCCGUGUAGGUAGAGUGGAGCGCACACAGGAACUCCUGGCUGUUACUUAUGAACUCUGAAUGAUGAUGAAACACCGUCUGUGUUCUGACCUGCAUGUGUUUCCUAUAGAGUGGUGCAGGGAUGUCUGUGUUGGACCCUGAAGGCAGCAUCUCACUGGUCCAAUGGGAUUUAUCCGUGUGAUUUUGGAUUAUUGCAGAAUAAAAUAUGAACACCACUUUAUGAUUUGUGAAAGUAACAAGCUAAUGUUGGGCUAUAAAGGAACUACGGCACGGUCACAUGACUUCACCUCACCACCGCUAAGCUAAAGGUGGCUAAUGUUGGGCUAUAAAGGAACUACGGCACGGUCACAUGACUUCACGUCACCACCGCUAAGCUAAAGGUGGCUAAUGUUGGGCUAUAAAGGAACUACAGCACGGCCACAUGACUUCACGUCACCACCGCUAAGCUAAAGGUGGCUGAUGUUGGGCUAUAAAGGAACUACAGCACGGUCACAUGACUUCACGUCACCACCGCUAAGCUAAAGGAGGCUAAUGUUGGCCGUGGUGACAUUUAGUCUUCUCAUUUAGACACUUGUUUGCAGCCCUCGUUAAUAAAUCCACCAGUGGGGAUUAAACCAAAAAACCAGGAAGUGCUAAACUGCUGAGUCAUGUCAGGGUUCAGGACUCAUUCCUGCACCACUCUAUCAACAAUAAUGAUUAUUUUCAGUAUCGAAUAACCUGCUUUUUAUUGAUCAAUUUCUCUAUAAAAGAUCAGAAUACAAAGAAAGAAGUCACAAAUAUUCAGUUUGUGAUCCGAUCAAGAAGAGCAUAACAUUUCUCACAUUUGAGACGCUUUAAUGAAUCCAUUUUGGCAUUAAUUGAUUUAGCCUCCCAUCUCCAGCAGCUUAAUACACAACACUAUUCCAUCAUGCUGAUUUCUGCCCAUUUGUAAAUAGAGCAUUAAACUUCCAAGAGGAAUCUUUUAUUAGAAUAAUAUUUUUAACGUUUCUACGUAACCACCCUACCGAAUAAUAAUGGACCUGUGAUGGAGCUGCUGAGCACACUAGAGCUGGGUCCCUUUUUUUACUCCAAACGUUGAAUUAAAAGCAGCAUUUUUACAAAUUUCUCUGAUCAGCAUUAUUAUAACACUGACCAAUGUCCCACCCGACAUCGCUGUCUCCUAAUGUUUGCAAAAAUAAAUGUGAUUUUUUUAAAA